AUGCACAAAUACCUCGGAUAUGGGGCAUCUGAUGUAUUUAAACAAUUGAAACCGUCUGCAGCAAUAUCCGUGCGUCACCCUUCUGCUCGCUCCUUUGGCUUUGUGUCGGGCCCCCUUGGGGGGCCCCUCCCUUGGUCUGCCCGUAAGGGCGUCUUUAAUGGUGUACGAGGGGCCUCCCAGCUUUCUGGCCUCGGUGCCCUUUGGAAAGGGGGGGACCACAGAGACACCGUCACUGCCACAGGGGCCCCCGGGGGGCCAUCGGGAACCUUCCUGGAGGGUGGCCAAGAAGCUCCCGAGCUGUGUCUUGCAUUAGAAACGUCUUGCGAUGACACCGCCGCUGCCGUUGUUUCAAGCACGGGAGAGGUAUUAUCGAACUGCGUGUGGAGCCAGGGGAGGCUCAAUGCUGCCUUUGGUGGUGUCUGUCCAGCGGCAGCAGCAGCAGCACACAGAGCGCGCGUGCUGUCUGCCAUGGAAAAGGCCCUUUUCGAUGCGGGUGUCGAUUCUUUUUCUCUGAAAUAUGUUGCAUUCACGGAGGGCCCUGGCUUGUCUUUGUGUCUACGGGUAGCAGCAGAAGCAGCAGCAGCAUUUGUAGCGUCGCUGGCUACCCUCAUUAAGUUGGCCUCUCAUAAGGAGACGCAGCAGCCUCCUUCCACUAAUAGUCUAAAUUCACUGCUUUCUGCUGCAUAUGAAACGGUUAUAAAGGAAUUUACGGGGGCCCCUAAUGCCAAGGGCCCGCCGGGGGGGCCCCCAGAGGGCCUCUCAAAUGAGCUGGUGCAGGAUCCCGUCAACCCUCCCAUAUCGAUUGAGCCUUUUUGGCAUUUGUGCUGCUCCUUCCGCGCCCUCUUAAGCGACAGCACGAAACCUUUUUACGUAAAGCCUCUGCAGCACCAGCAGCAGGGGCAGUACCAGGUGCAACAGCUACUGCAGCAGAAGGCAGCUGCAGUGGAAGCUGUGAGGCAGAGGAUAUCUGCUGCUGCUUCUGUGCUGCCUGCUGUUGUGGGAGUUCAUCAUCUGCAGGGGCAUGCCUUCAGCACAGCUCUUCCUGGUGCUGCUGUUUAUUCCCUUAGCAGCAGCAGGGAGGCCCCCCACAGCAGCGGAGACCCUUAUGCACAAACUGAAGCAACAACAGCAGCAGCAGGAGCAGGGAGGGGAGGUGCAACAGCAUCGCAUGCAGCAGCGGCUGCUGCUACAACGGCAGGUGCAGCAGCAACAGGUUCCGCAGCAGCAGUGGUAACAGCAGCAAGAGACCCUGUUGUCCCAAUGGAGCCGUUGCUGUGUGCGCUGCUAACAGGGGCCAACUCUCAGUUUUCAAUUUUACAGCGCGGGUUUGUGGCGGAUGAUGGGAGGCAGCGGGAGCAGCAACAUAUUCUAAGGUCACCGAUGGUGCCCCAGCGGGAGGCUCAUUUGCUGCUGGAAGUUCAGCAGCAGCAGCAGCAGCAGCAGCAGCAGCAGCAGCCUGUGCAACAACACUUCUUCUUCCAACCGCGCCUAGACCUGAAGCAUUGGGGAGCCGAAGGGGUAGAUGAUGCCAGCAGAGCUUCUGUAGAUAAAAAACAGCUCAGCAGCCAACAAACUGCUGCUGAUGCUGCUGCUGAUGCUGUUGAUGCUGCUGCUGCUGCAAGGGGAUUUCUUGGAGGCGACCCCAGCAACACACUGCCGUUGCCUUAUUCCUUCCUGACUCUUGGGAGAACACUCGAUGAUGCACUUGGAGAGGCCCUGGAUAAGGCAGCGAGGCAGCUGCGGACUCUUGCUGCCCCUACCCAACAACAACAGCAGCAGCAACAGGCAGGAGGAGCAUACCUGGAGUCUAUGGCAGCGGGCGCGGAUUCUACCGACUUGCAGCUGCCCGCUGCUCCUUUAUCUCACAUGCAUAGUACUCUAAAUAUGAG